AUGAAUGCGAUCUCAUGGGCUCUUCGAUAUGCCAAUAAUUCUUUCAUUUAUUUGAAUAACACCACACCAUGUGGAACAGAUCGUUACAAGACUUGGUAUGGUACAUUUAUGUUAGCCAACUGGAAUAAAGUGAAGGGACAAUAUAAAAAUAUCACAAACGUAUUUAAUUCGAAGACUAUGACUUUCGAUUGUGGAUGCACGGAUGCCGGCUAUUAUGCUUAUGUUUACCGGGAUCAACCAUACAUAAUCCACUUAUGUUCUUUAUUCUGGUCGGCUCCAAUGACAGGCACGGACUCGAAGGCUGGCACACUUAUUCACGAAACAUCACAUUUCCAAACGAUCGCUGGUACAUAUGAUUAUGCAUAUAGUAAAGAUGGAUGCACCAGUCUGGCUUCGAGUUCUCCGUCAAAAUCAAUUAUGAAUGCUGAUAGCCAUGAAUAUUUUGCUGAAAAUACUCCUGUACUCUUAUGA